AUGGAAUAAUCAAACAAGGAAGAAGAAAAGUAGGAGAUAAUUUUAGCAAAUAGUCCUGGUUUAUAAGUAAAAUAAACUGAAUAGAAAGAAUUAAGUAAGAAAUAUUUCACAACAAAAUGUAAAUGGAUAUCUUUCAGUGUUUCUUUUUUUGUUUUAGGUGGUAUUGGAAUAUUUUUAGGCAUUUAUCUAAGUUAAAAGAGUAGUUCUGCUCCAACAUUAAAAAAAUUCUAAAGAGAUGAAUUUUAAUAAGUUGAUGAAAUUUGUAUGUACCAUACGAAUGAGGGAAUGUAAAAUUGUACUGAGAUUUAAAUGAAAACAAAAAGAGUGGUUAAUGAUGUAAAUGAAAAGAAUGCCUCUAGUUUGUUAAUGUUGACAAGCUUGAAAGUUAGAACCUUUAAAUAGAAUUCUGAUGGAUCUAGAGAAUAUAAUGAAAUGUUUGAUUAGAAUACAGAAAUAGAAUAAUAAAUUUAGAAAUCAUUAAGAAUUUUAUAAUAAAUUAAAUCAACUGAAGAUAUAGAUUAAUGUGAAGGAAUUCCUGCUGAAGAAUGUGGAAAUAUAAAUGAGGUACCAUUAGUAACAGUAGUUACUGAUUAAUAAACUGGAGCUGUCUAGUAAAUUGGAAUACCAGCUGAGAUUCCAGAUCUAAUGCUUUAACCUUUAGUAUCUAAUAUUAUACACAUUGCUCCUAAUAUAGCUGAAUCAACAAAUCUUCCUGGAACUGACGGUAAUAGAUUACUGAAAGAAGAUUAUACUAAUGUUUAUUAUAUUGGUAAGGAAGCAUUUGUUCCUAAGUCAAGUUAAACAAAAUAAUGGUUUGGUAAUACUGUAAUUAAAAAAACGAUAUCAUAAUCAGAUUAAAUAGAUGGUAGUUCUAAAGGAAUCAAUUUAUUUGAUAUGUUUGAACAAUCAUAAGAAACAAUUUUAGAUAAUAACAAUUAUUUAACUACUUCACAUAUAACUACUAAUUCUAAAUUUAGUAAUACCGUAUAAACAAAUGAUGUUAAUCAAAAUGAUGAUGAUUUAACUGAUAAAUUAGAGACAGAACUUACAAAUGACUCAAAUUUAAUGACUGUAGAAACAAAAUCUGAUGAAGAAUUGACAAAUGUUCUUUCUGAAAUUUAAAAUAAAUAAACUAUUCAAUAUUAUUCAAUUUAAGAUUUAUAAGAUAAAAUACUUAGUUAAUAAGAUUAAACACAAGAUUUAGUUUAAGAUUAAGAAGGUCAUCGAUUAUUAGAAGAAGAAAAGGGAGAUUUUCAAUCAGUUUCUUAAACUGAAUAUGAAAGUUAAUAAGGGGAAUGUAACUCUAAUAUUUUCGACUAAAAAAGAACUCUUAAAGAAGCCACCAUAUUUAAAUAUAAAGUUGGAUUGUAAGCAGAAUUUAAAGGAGACGUUAAAGAUGGAAGUGCUUCAGGAUAUUUAAAAUCUUGUAUUUCACUUAAUGGCAAUUGUUUACUUAAUUUAUUCAAAGGGAAUUUUAAUUAUGAAGGAAAACCUUUAGAAACUUAUGAAAAAAAAGAUAGCAAAACCAAGCAAAUUUUUAGUACUACUAUUUUAAUAAUGGGAUAUCCUUUGCAUAUAGGGGCAGAUUUAAAUUAUUCUUGGGUUUAUAUUCAUUAAAGCAGGUGUUGA